AUGGACAUACAUGAUGCUGCCAGGGCUGGUAACUUGAGUGCUUUACAACAUACCAUCAAGAGGGGAGAUGAUGUCAACAGUGUGGAUAGGUAUGGGUAUACUCCACUCAUGGUGGCAGCCAGUGGAGGUCACACUGACUGUGUUAAAGAGCUGCUCUCCUCAGGAGCCGGAGCCAUGGUGAACGCCAGUGAUGAUGAUGGGAACACUCCACUCGUUGAGGCAGCCAGUGGAGGUCACACUGACUGUAUUAGAGAGCUGCUCUCCUCAGGAGCCGUGAUGGACUGGGCUGAUGAGGAUGGGCGUACUCCACUCUAUUGGGCAGCCUAUAAAGGCCAUACUGACUGUGUUAGAGAGCUGCUCUCCUCAGGAGCCGUGGUGAACAUGGUUAACAAGGAUGGAUGCACUCCACUCAUAGGGGCAGCCAUGAGAGGUUACACUAACUCUAUUAGAGAGCUGCUCUCCUCAGGAGCCGAGGUGGACCUCGCUGACAAGGAUGGGAAGACUCCACUCCAGUGGGCCGCCAGGCAAGGUCGCACUGACUGUGUUAGGGAGUUACUCUCCUCAGGAGCCGUGGUGGAUCUAGCUGACAAGGAUGGGUGGACUCCACUCUAUUGGGCAGCGAUGGGAGGUCACACUGACUGUGUUAGUGAGCUGCUCUCCUCAGGAGCUGUGGUGGACCUGGGUAACAAGGAUGGGGACACUCCACUCAUGGUGGCAGCCUUCUGGGGACGUGUAGAUACACUAAGGAAGCUUCUCUCAUCAGGGGCUUCCCCUCUCUGCACUAACAUUGAUGGCGAGACUGCUCUGAUGAGCGCCAAGAUAUCAUAUCCCCCUAACACUUCAAUAACGAAGCUCCUUGAGGAAGCUGCUGAAUCACAUAUUCAACCGAGCUUCGACGAGCUACAACCGUUUACAUCUCACACGGUACACUGCUUGAAGCCCCUCCAGUUGGCAUUGAGACUGUUUAUCAACAUUGCCAUGGCUACUCUCAACUAUGGAAUGAAGAUCGUAGACAAACUGGUUACCUAA